AUGGGGUGGCCAUACGAGUUUGUCAGCCUGACGCCAGAGCAGAAGCAUGCUCGGCGCGAGGUGCUCGAUUGGUACGGCUUUGUCGCCCACUGCUCCGCGCUCGCCCCGGUCCUCGCCUUCGGCCUCCUGCACCUUGCCCGCCUUGCGUAUCGCCACGUCACCGGCACGCUGCGCGGCGUCGACGGCCAAGGAACCUACGCCGAGAUCCCCAACUCCCCGGCCAUCAAGGCACAGGAAAUUGCUGCCGUCAGGAAGCUGUACACGACCUGGACUAGGCUUAGGUGGUGGUUGGGCGAUGAGGUUCGCGUCGGCGGCGCGAGCUGGGGCCGGAGAGAGGAAUGGGUUCUGGGGCUGUCCUGGACAGCAUGGCUUCUGCUUCUAUGUUUUAUAGAGACUGGCAAAGACUACUUUCACCUCACGAAGCGCUUCGGCAUCGUUGCCGUGUCGCAGCUCCCGAUCCAAUAUCUCCUAUCCCUUAAGGCCAUGAACCCAUUUGCCUGGGCCUUGGCGUCGUCGCAUGAAGAGGUCAACAACUACCACCGCAUCCUCGGCCGCAUCAGUUACGGCCUUGUACUUGUGCACCUGAUUCUCUACAACGUAUACUACAUCAUCACUAGUAAGUGGGUGGCCCGAAUUUUUGCGCCCGUUAUCCUCUGCGGCGUGUUGGCAUCGCUGCUAUUUCACCUCAUUGCCAUUACCUCCAUGCGGAGGAUUCGCGAAGCCGCCUACCGCGUCUUCUUCAUCACCCACCUGGUUGGGGCUUUCUUCGCCCCGACACUGCUCGUUUUCCACGCCAAGUCUGCGCGGUGGUACGCCAUCGAGUGCUGCAUCAUAUUCCUAUUCGAUCUCGCAGUGCGUCGGCGCUAUUCUACCGUGGUGCUGGCCACGAUCGAGGCCAUCCCCGGCACGACCCUCAUCAAGAUCACGGCGCCGCUACCGCUCGGACACCUGGAUGCCUUUCGUGGUGCGCCGGGGUCGCACGUCUAUGUGAGCCUUCCCACAGAGGGCCGCAAAGACUCGGUCCCCUCCUCGCAAUCAGCGCUCUUCGACUACUCGUACAACCCGUACUCGGUAGCCUCUCUCGUUGAGGAUGCCGAAGCCAUCACGUUUGUCGUGCGCACGCGACGCGGCGCCAUGAGUCGCGUCCUUACCGACUAUGCCGCGGCCGGGGUGGCUGCAGCGUCGCCCGACGAUGCUAAAGUGCGACUCACCAUCGAAGGACCCUACGGCGCCAUGGCGCGCAAGUACCGCUCCCUCCUCACCAGCGGCGCCAGCCGCGUGCUCUUUGUCGCCGGUGGCGUGGGAGCCACCUUUAUCUUGCCUAUCUUCCAGGCCGCGCAGGCCGAGCUUCCGCUCGCGCGGCUGCAGAUGGUCUGGGCCGUCCGCGCCGCUGGCGACGCGACCUGGGCUGUGCCUGCGAGCGUUGCCAGCGGCAAGACCACGCUCGGCGACGAACGUAUACAGCUCUUCUUGACCGGCGAGGCGGCGGUCGGCCCCGGCGAGGCGGACGGCCGUGGCGAGAGCGGCUCCGCGAUAGAGAUGCGGCCGCUGCCACCGUCGCGCCGCGCGUUUGGAGGCCGUGGUGGCCGCACGUGCCUGGGCGCCGCCGAGCAGAACCGGCGACGACCUGACUUUGAGAAGAUUGUCGACGAGGCGUUCCGGCUCAGCGCGCAGGGCGUCGUCGCCGUCGUCGUGUGCGGGCCCAAGGAGAUGGCGGACGAGGUGAGGCGCUGUGUGCGGCCGUGGGUGAUGAAGGGCCGCAGAGUAUGGUACCAUAACGAAAGCUUUGGAUGGUAG